UACCUCGCGAGAUCUGCGUCAGCUGGAGGACGUCGUACGUGGCUCGGUCGUGUUUACAUUGAGUCUGCUGAGAAUCUGCGGAGGAUCCUCGACUGUGGCGCUCGGUGCAGACGCGUUUACAUGUUUAGAUGAUUCACGAAGCGAUGGGAGCGACUGACAGGCGCUUUGUUUGACGUGCAGGGGCGGGGUGAGUGUCCGCCGAGCCGCUGCGGAGAACGCCCUGCUCCCCCCCGGGCUCGCCGCCACCUCCGCCGCCGCCGCCGCCACCUCCGCCGCUGCUGCUGUUGCUAUGGCGGACAUCGGCUCUUCGCUUGAAUUCUCCGGUUCCCUGACGAGCUCCAGCCUCCCACCGCCGCGGACCCGCAUCUUUAAAAUCAUCGUGAUCGGAGACUCGGGUGUGGGGAAGACGUGUCUCACCUACCGCUUCUGCGCCGGGAAGUUCCCCGAGAAAACCGAGGCCACUAUCGGGGUGGACUUCAGGGAGAGGCUGGUGGAGAUCGACGGGGAGAAAAUCAAGAUCCAGCUCUGGGACACGGCAGGUCAGGAGCGCUUCCGGAAGUCCAUGGUGCAGCACUACUAUCGUAACGUCCACGCCAUUGUUUUUGUGUACGACGUGACCAACGCGGCCAGCUUCCGCAGCCUGCCCGCCUGGAUCGAGGAGUGCCAGCAGCACGCGCUGGGCUCUGAGGUGCCACGCAUCCUCGUGGGGAACAAGUGUGACCUGCGCGACUCCCUGCAGGUGGGCACAGACACGGCGCAGCAGUUUGCAGACUCUCACUCCAUGCCGCUGUUCGAGACCUCGGCCAAGAGCCCGAGCGGCCCCGAGGACGGUCCGCACAGGGACAGCGACCACGUGGAGGCCAUCUUUAUGACUGUGGCUCACAAGCUGAAAUCACAGAAGCCUCUGGUACUGAGCCAGCCGCCCGCAGAGUCCCGGGGGCCCACGGUCAACCUGAACAGGGCCCGAGACGAGGGGGCCCGGGGCUGGAGCUGCUCCAGCUGCUGAGAGACACUAGGGGGCAGUACCAGUGGUCUGGAAUAUGACUAUUUAAGCCCAAAAAAUCGAAAAAGAAAAAGAAUCUGUGCUUCUGAAAUAACUCUGUAUAUGACAAUAUGCACAUAUCAGUGUGAUUCUUAGGGAGGAAAUGGUUAUUUUCACUAACACGACGGCAGUCAGUGCAGUCAAUAUUGGCAUCAAAUAUUAAGUAUUUAUUACAGCAAAGGGUCGUGUAGAUCCAUCUGCUUUUAUCCAGCGUCUGCUGCAAAAACAAAGCAUAAAAUCUCCUUAUGACUUGAAUGGCAUUAAAUUUUUUAAGUUUGGCCAGUGUACUGUUGCUUCAUAUGAAUAACUCUAUAAAGAAGCAGGGAGAAUUUCACUCUCAUUGUGCAUCUUCAUCCUGAUCAGGUGUUCCCUUCGCUAACCUAAGGCAUGUCUGUGUGGGACUAAACAGGAUUACACUGGCUGUAUUGUCAGCUUCUUGAAGACAUUCUCAACGCAGCAUUGUCUCAAGUACAAGUGAGCAGAGCGUCGGCGCUGGCAUGGCAGAAAUGGUGGAGUUAAUUCAAUAACACAGAGCACUUGUUUGCCAUUGUAGAGGUUGUUGGUCAUUCUGCCUUUAUGUUUAUACUCUUCAGGUUGGUUGACAGUUCAGUUUCGCUGUGCCACGGUUAUUGUGUCUUUGGGCACGGCACUUAAACACCCCUUGCCUCCAGCGUCUGUGCACGCUGGUGUAUGAAUGUGUGUGAAUCUUAUUUUGAUCAUGAAAUCUAAAUAAAGUGGCACUGACACUUGUGACUUGA